AUGGAAAUAGAGCUUUACAAUGCUGCACUAUCAGGUGAUGUAAGCUUUCUAAAAGAUGCACGAAACAAAGAAAUAGAGAGUGGUAGUGAGGAAUAUUUUCUUAAGCAAACUGAUCACAAAAAUAACAUCCUUCACUUAGGAAUUCAAUAUCAGCAAUUCGGGUUCGUAGAAGAAGUUGUUUUAAAGGGCUUAGUAUCUAAACAAGCCAUUGAUAAGCUGAUGAAUCAGAAGAACGAAGACGGAAACACCCCUGUCCAUGUCGCCGCUGAGGUGGGCGACAUGGACAUUUUUAAGCUACUCCAUAACUAUGUGUACGAGGAGACAGUCGAAGAGGAGGGUAGCGCGUUCAUAACGAAGAAUGGAGAGGGCAACAUACCAUUACAUGUUGCACUUAUCCAUGGUAACGUUGAGGUUGCUAAAUUGUUGGUAGAAAACCAUCCUAAAAUGGUUAAUGUUAUCAACAAUUAUAAAGAGACUCUCCUUCAUCUUGCAACCAUGCACCAACCUAUUGAAUUAGUUGAUAUCUCGAUAAUUUAUAACAAAUCAAUAGAUGUACCAAUCGAGAAGAGAAAAGUUGCAAAUACCCCAUAUCUUGACAUGAUAAAGCUUCUAUUAGAGAAAGAUAGAUUAAUACUUGAUCAUUGCCCACAUUCUGCGGAGUUGCGUGAUGGUUCAAGCAAGACCAUCUUACACCUUUUGAAAACGAUACCGAGCUACAAAGAAGGCAAAGACUUGCUUGAUGUUAAAGAAAUAUUUGGUCUUAGGAAUCAUCAAGACAAAGAAGGAAACACACCAUUACAUAUGGCUGCAAAGAAUUUGAACUUUUACAUGGUGCGAGUUCUAUUGGAUUCCUCGGCCAAACAAAGCAUUCGAAACAAAGAUGGAAUCUCCGCUGCAUCUUUAAUUCAAGAACAGUUUGAGCAAACCUUGGAGAAAAAUCAAAUGACGUUGGAAGUUUGUGAAGCAAUAGACAGGGCAAACAUGAGUUUUUUAAGGGAAAAACUGCAUAAUUUUGGAAAUAAUUAUCUUUUCUCAAGAGAUUCUAAGAGGAGGAAUGUCCUUCAUAAAUUAAUGCAAAUAAGCAACGGAACUCCUGUCAUACCAAAUGAUUUUGUUGAUUUCAUUGAAGAAGUUCUCGAAAGCUUUCCCACGUUUAUAGGUCAAGUAGACAUUAACGGGGACACUCCGCUACAUAUCCUAAUGCGAAAUUCUCCGAACACCUUGAUUCGUUAUGUCUCAGUGUGGAGUGAUUAUUGCGUGUUAUCAUUGUCAGAAUUGAAGUUUGUGUUGAGAUUAUUAGAGCUUUGUUACACAUAUUUUGAAAGAUAUAAAGAAGAGGCUAGAUCGAAAGGAGCUCAUUAUGAUCGGCCGUGGUUGGUGCAAAACUCGAAAGGCAAUACACCCCUUCACGAAGCGCUACUAAUCAAAAAUCAAGAUCCUGAGGUGGUGGUGAAAUUGCUAGAGUUCGAUAUCAAUAUUGUUGCUAGGUUAACAAACAACCUUAAUGAGACACCUCUUCAUCUCGCAGCUGAAAUAUUCAACUACUCGGGUGAAGAUGUGGAUAGUGUAAUCAUAGAUGAUUUGGCGAAGGCAUAUGAGGAUGCGGCCUAUACACAUGACAAAAAUGGUCUAACACCUCUUUUAAGGGCGGCUCAAAGUGGUAAUGUGAUCACAAUCUCAAGAUUGCUCAUGUACUUUUCAGAUUCAGUAAUGACAUCUGAUGAAAAACACGGCCAGACAAUGUUGCACCUAUUAAUACAACAUCAACCAUAUUGUAUUAAGUACCUUUAUAAAGCACAUGGAAAUUCAAAAUUUGAAAAACAGAUCUUUUUUCAAAACUACGAGGGAGACACGCCAUUGCAUCUAGCUAUUAAAGGUGGACGCUUCUUCCAUGCAAAACAUUUUCUUCAAGGUAUGGAGACUGGAACGAUUUCGAAACUUCUUGAAAGUAAGAAUAAUGCUGGUGUAACUCCUAGUGAUUUAUUAGGAUCCUCACAAAAGAUUCCGGUACAGUCUUACUUUAAAGAAAGAGGAGAGAUAGUACCACUUUAUAUGGCGGAUGAGUUACUUCUACUACCAGCAAUUUGUUUUAGUAUAUAUUUGGAACUUGCUUAG